CAUAGUUUCGAAUCAACAAAUGGCCGACGAUGGCAACAACACAUCACAGUUUGGCAGUUUUGACAAAUGCAUGUGUUAAACCCCCGAUUGAUCCUAAAACAGGAUUAUCUACAUCUUUAAAUGAGAGAACUCUUUCGUCUCUCAUGCACUAUGGGGAUGAAUAUGGAGAAGAAAAGGAUGAAAUGUUCGAUGAUGAGGGACGGACCCGUUUUGAGAAUUUGUCCGGUCUUGUCCUAUCGGAUCCCGCCAACAAAGCUAUUCCGACGGAAUUGAACAAUUUAACAGAUGACGAAUUUUAUGAAAAGCUUAUACAGUUAAAAAGGGAACAUAAGAAAACUCUUGCAAUAUGUGAAAAAUUGUAUAAACGAAAGGUAGGCGUUGAGCAGAGCAACACCCAAAAUGGUUUUGUUUCUGAAGCAAACUUUGGCACAGUGCCAAGUGAUUUUGCAAAUCAAGAGAUCCAUUCAACAUUACAUAAUUCACCAUUAAAUGGUUUUCGAAAUCAUGAUCAGAGUAAUCGAAGUUCUUUUGGAGAAUCUUCACACAAGCCACCUACAGGUCGACCACCCCCAUCUCCAGGAGCAAGAACUAUGCCUUCCGCCGGAUUGAGGACUAUGCCAGUUGACAGAACGUUCGCCACAAAAACAAGGCCAAGUUCAGCACCAACAAGAGGUGGGUCACUAAGCCUUGCACGUAGCUUAGAAGAGGAAGUUUGGCUGAAAAUCGCAGCAGAAAGAAAAGCAGGAAGAGAAGCAGAAGAUAAUGAGCCUGUUGAAAGGUAUGAACAAACCCAAUCAGAAACAUAUGAAAGUCCAGAAUUAACAACUGCUAUGGCAGACAUUGAUGACAUGUGGGAUAAUUUUUCAAUAGAAGAAUACGCACCAAGACCUGAAAGACCAUCUUCAGCUACUAUCACCCGCAAGGAAAAAGCAGAAAAACAGUGGAGGCAUAGAAUCACCAUUCCAAAGCCUUUUAAAAUGACUAUUCGUGAAAUGAACAAAGAAAAGAAGAUAACCGAGGUACAAAAAGAAUUUGAAGAAAAGUUACAGCAGAAGUACAAAGAAGAAGAGAUGGAAUGUCAAAAGAAAUUCAAAGCUGCACCAGUGCCAGCACAUGUAUAUUUACCAAUGUAUGAUGAAAUUGCAGAAAAGAAUGAAGCCCGUAGGCGAUACAUACGAGAUUACAGCAAGGAAUUACUCAAAUCACAAGAAAAACCAUUCAACUUUACAAAAAGGGAAGCAGACAAAAAGAAACACAGGCGAGUGAAAUCGGCACCAAUAUCAGAUGAUGGUGUGAGGAAAUCCAGUACAUUCAAAGCUCAGCCUGUGCCAGUAUCUGUCCUUGAUGACAGUGUAAAUGAUAAAAUCAUGGAAGAAGAAGAGUACAGAAAAAUAAGAAUAAAAAUGCGAUCAGAAGAACUCUUAAACGCUGCAUCAUUGCCUCCAAAUAUGGAAGCAAGAAAACAAUAUGACCAAAAUAAAAAACGUGACAAACAAGUUAAGAACAAAAGAAAAGCUCGGUUCCAGCCAAAAGUGAAUCAUGAUGUGCCAGACUAUGAUGAACUUUAUAGACAUUUUCAAAAGGAAUUAGCACGACGCAAACGUGAGAGAGAGUCAACAGUAGUGAGGCCUUUCCAACUCAACACAAUGCACCUACAGUCAACCAGGGACAGGAUUGUCAAAGACAUAGAGAGGGAUGAGGAAAACAUGAAGGAGAACAGAUGGCCAUACAAGAACCCACGUGUCACACCAAGAAGUUUAGGUACUCUGUCCACUUCACUUGACUCCAUCCCAGCAAAGACCACUGCAUCAGCUGACCUUAGGAAUAGGCAUACAAGGAAGAAGCUUCAGGAUAUGACCAAGCAAGAACGUGAACAUCUAGAGACAGAUAGAAAGAAAAGGAUACAGGAAAUGAGACUGAGGUCACAGAUCAUAUCCAAAACGAGAGAUGGGGAAAAUGGACGCACUCUGGAGGAUACGUACAGGCAAAAACUCCGGACAUUCAGAAAUGAUGACCGUGAUAGAAAAGAUGAAUACCAGAAAAGUUUGCAGGAAAUGCAAGAGCGUGUGAACAAGCGACCUUUGUUGUUUCAACAAGAGAGUCAGGUGAAUGCUAAGGCAACUGCAGAGAAGAAGUUUGCCACAACUUUAAAAAAUCAUGGAAUCGAUGAGGACUUUGUACAGAGUCGCAGCUCUCGAGCAGCCAGUGUUGUAAACGAUGAUGGUGAGGAAAAUUACGAGGAUGACUUUGAUGCAACAUAUGCCAAAUCACCCGACGAUGAAAUGUAUGAUGAUGAUUAUGAAGAUGAAGCAUGAGGAUUUUCUAUGACUGUUUUUAAAUAGCUUUAAGAGACAAAAACUACAACACGGGAAACAAUUAACUUCUGUAAAUGUAAAGAUUGCCACAAAGGUGUUAAGAUCAUGUACUCACAGAAACUGAUAUAUAAAUGUUUCAAGGUAAUACCUGGUGCCGCACAACAAGGAGCUGCUGCUGACAGUUGAUACUUAUAUCGUCAGCAAUCUUAAUGCAUAUCUGAAAACAAGCAUUUCCAGAUGUUUAGGGAUAGUUUAGAACAAAUAUAUAACAAUUCUAUAUUUACCCAAAGAUUUUUAACAAGAUAUUUUUAUCAUAGCAAGUGGUUCUUGUACUACAAGAGGUAGUCAUGAAGCCACACUUGAUUAUCAUGUUAGCACGCGUAAUGGCUAGUCACCUGUAGUACCAUAGGCAUUCUUCUGUUACAUUAGAUGCUCAUUUUAUUCAGUGUAUUUGUCUUUUGUAUUAUGUUUUACGAGAACAAUGCUUAUAUUUAUUUUAAGGACACAACAUGAUCAGAUUUGAAUCUUUAUAGAAUCUCAAUCAAACACACUAAUGACCUAAUGAUACAGUAUUCAACCUGGCAGUCAUUCUUUAUUGUGACAUACUAUAUGUACCACUUUUAUUGAUACCACUGCAGGUCUCUUUACUAUGACAUAAUAGUUAGUAGGUAUACAUAUAUAUUAUAUACCAUCUAUACUUCUCAAGUAAGAAUACCUUCAUCAUUGUAACAACUCAUCACUAGACUAUUAAGAUGUUCUACAUUGUUUUCCAAUUGUGUAGAGCCGUUUAGGUGGUUUGGUCUGGGUUGAUACGUAUAGUACAGAGGAGAAACACCAGGUUGAAUACUGUACAGGUAAGCUUCCAUUCACUGUUGUGUAGAGCCGUUUAGGUGGUUUGGUCUGGGUUGAUACGUAUAGUACAGAGGAGAAACACCAGGUUGAAUACUGUACAGGUAAGCUUGCAUUCACUGUUCAGUACAGCGCUGUAGCUGCUUCAGUGUAUUAUCAGUAGCUACAGGUAUUAUAAGUCAUUUUAUUUUGUAAGUCUGUAUAUAUUUCUUUAAUCUACAUUGGUUGUUUGUUAUUCAUAUAAAUUCAACUUGACCUAGUCUUAUGUAUUAACCUGUAACACUUUCUGUAGAUGAUUCCCCGUUUUCCAAAUCUCCUGCAGGGUAAUCCAUGCCGUAUGUGGACCUUCUCUUCUCUGUAUCAUAUCCUGUCACUGGUCAUACCAAAGCUCACGCAGGGAGGGAAGGUUAUUGGUUAAAAGUACAACGAAAGAUUUGAAAGAUAAAUUGAUAUUUAUUUGUAGGGUAUAAAAAUGGGAGAAUCUUGGAGUGAACUAACAAUGUAGAUUUUUAAAGUAUUAGCUAGUGAUGGAGAUAUAAAAAACAAGACUGUACCGGGUAAUUUAUGUAAAUGUGUUCUGUUCUACAGUUUUAUUAUAAUUCCAUGCUAUUUUGGGCUAUUUAUCUGUAGUCUUUCAAAUGCUAUUUCAAUCAGUUCUCUGAGUUUUUAUAAAAUUGUUCUGUUUCACAAUUCGGGUACUUUAAUUUCUUCUGCAUUCCAUAUGAAUUAUACUAUAUGUAUAGUCAAUAAGAAUCCAUUAAGGAUGCAUGUACCACCAAGUUACAAUAUCUCUCUAUGUUCAUGCAAAACAUGUCUAUCUUAAGUAGAGGUUGGAAAUUGUCAAAUUAAUGACAGAACGAAGCUGUUACACUUAUGACAUAUUUUUAUUUUUUAAGUUAUCCUAACGCUAUGACUAUAUGUUUGAUGUCAAUGCAUAUAUCUGUUCAUUGUUCAUAAGUGUUCACUGUAUUUUUGGUGUAUAGAAUUAAUUAUAAAUAAAUUUAAUGAAUUGAUGAUAAAAACAUACAGUAAUAUAAAAUGAUGAGUAGACAAUAGAACAUCUCUGACAUAAAAACCUGGAAAUAUUGAGAUUUUGUAGAUACCAGUCUGUGCAGUGGGACACCCAUCCUUAAACUAGAAAAUGACACAUCAGCUUUUCAUAUUUCUUAUAAUUAUGUGCUUACCAAAUGUUUUUUUUUUUUUUAAAUCCGUCCAUAUAAUAAUGAUAUUAAUGUUAUAGUUGUCAUCAUGGAUGCAACAGGUUAGCUUUUAUAAAAAAAGAAAGAGAAACCUUUAUGCUUGUCAUGUUUGUUCUUCAUUCUUAUUUUGACCUCAUUCAUGUUAAUAUCAUGGUACAAAAAUGUGUACCAGUAUAAUAAUAUACAUACUUGGUAGUUAUAGAAUACAAUAUUUGGACAUUUAUAAAAUAGGUCGCAGUUCACAGAAGAGUACACCUGCUUGUAUCUAGGUAAUUUUGUAUACAUUCUAGGCCUUCAGAUCCAGUAACUUAUACAUGGAUGUUAAUCCAUUUUGGUGCAGUAGUCUGGAAGUCUUCACACACAACUCUGUAACUGAAAUAACCACUGGACAGAACUGCAAAAAAUGUGCCCUCAUUUUUGCAAUCCUUUUUUUUUAUCUUUUAAAAUUUUCACCAGCCAUUGAUUGGCAAUAAAGAAACUAUCAUUCUCUUGAGAGCCAGCAAUAUCCCCAUUACCAUCUCUUACCCUGAUGUAUUGGGAACUUUUUUGUACUUCACCUUUACAGAAUUGCCUUCCUCAUCAGCUUAUAUUCAUGUGUGCUUGCAGAAAAUGAAUUGCAUCUUUGUUUUGAUUUUCUUAUUUAGAAAAUAUAAACACACGAAUAGGCAAGUGUUUCCCUGCAAGUGUUUCACAGAAAAAUAAAGGAAAAAAGAUUUUUUUCCAUUUAAUGUCUAUGGCCACCGGAGAUACUAAUUAGGAUCUAUAUUAUGAGGUUGAUUUUUAAGAGAACUUGCUUGGUUGUUUGUGUUAGAGUUGUAAAUUAGCUGCCUUAUUUAAUUGAUUUUAGCAAACAUUACCAGCAGUGUUAUUGAGGCAUGUAUUUCCAUGUAUAUUUUGUGUAUGUUUCAUCAGAAUCAAAUAAUUAUAAAUUAAUUUUACCAUUAUUAACAAUACUUUACAUGUUUUUUAGUGUGACACUCUUUUGUAGCAUACAUCCUUAAUUAAAUAUGGAACAUGACAAGAAAAAUAAGUUAGGAUCUAUGGAAAUCCAGCCACACAAUGUUUGUCUGAAAUGUUUGUGAUGUGAUCUUGGUUUUCCUAUUGUUGAAUUAUCUCCCCUACAAAAACUGGUACAAAUCGAAAUCUGUAAAUAGGAUGUCCUGUAUUUCUAUGUGAAUGUAAUCAUUGACUUAUGACUUUUGAUCGAUAUUUAAAAGUUUUGUACAGGAAGUAGCACAGUACAAUAAAUUGAAACUUUGUAGAUUAA